UAGUGAUAUUCCAAGCGUGUCUUUAUCUCCGAGGUUAUCUGCAUGAUCUCGACUAUGACAACAUUUAUAUCACAAGUGCCUUCAAGAGAUUUGACAAAGGUGAAUCUAAUCUACUGCCUUUGCGUAAAAAAGAGCGAGUCCAUUUCAUUGAUUCUACGGCAUUUUGCCUUUCGAAGCAGGAGUUGGUAUCAAUCUUAAGAGGUAUUUUAAUCAUUCUAGCAUUACUAGCUGCGGCUGUUCUGUUGUGUGGAAUGGAUGUUCUGAUUUAUUUAGUCUUGGAGGUGGUGCGCAAGGAAGCAAACGUAACUGUACUGAUAAACGGUGGCAGUGGAUUCGAAGUUGCCCUCAAUGACACUAGCCCCAGUAUCAGCCAAAUUUUACACCAAGAAGUACCGAUUUUGCUCAAAGGUAACUCUACCCAUUUCAAAUACUCGUUGGAACUUAACACUGCGCCGUGUCUCCCAGAUCCGUCACCUCCAUUUUAUGAGGACAAAACACAGCUUGUUUAUUUAGGCGUAAUGU